GCUGGCCCAACAUAAUACGUAUUUCCAAUUUACGCUUUCGUUACGCGGGAAGGCCCCGGCGUUGUCUCCUACCUCAACACCGCGAGGCCUCCGCUCCCGCCAUGGGCCGCCGCACCCUAGCCGCCGCGCCGGGCGGCUUCCUGCACCUCUCCCUCCUCGCAUCCCUCCGCCGCCGCCCCUCGCUCCAGGCCCACGCGCAGCUCCUCCUCCUCGGCCUCCCGCUCCCCGCCGCCGCCGCCUCCCGCCUCCUCCGCCCGCACCUCCGCGCCGGCCACCCGCUCGCCUCGCUCCGCCUCUUCCUCCGCAUUCUCCGCGACCAUGAGCCCUCGCUCUCCAGCACCGCCUCCGAGGAACCCGUCCCGAACUCCUACUCUCUCUCCGCCGCUCUCGCCGCCUGCUCCCGCCACGCGUCCCCUUCCCCCGGCUUCUCCAUCCACGCCUUCCUCCUCAAGUCGGGCUUCGCCUCCAACCUCUUCGCCGCCAACUCGCUCCUGCACUUUUACGCCUCCUUCGGUCUCCACUCCCUCGCACGCAAGCUGUUCGAUGAAAUGCUGGAGAGGGACUUCGUUUCGUUCAACACUCUGAUCGGUUCGUAUGUGCAGUCCGGAUGUAUUGACGGCGCGCUGGGAAUGUUCAGAAAUAUGGUGGAGCUAGGGUUUCGGUGGGACGGGUGGACUGUCACAGGGUUGCUGGCCGCGUGCGCUGGAUUGGGGGAUUUGAGGGUGGCAAAAGCAGCGCAUGGGGUUGCCAGGAGGGCGCUGAAGCUGGAACUGUUCAAUUCGGGAGAGGUGGUAAUUGUGUUGGUGGACAUGUAUGUGAAGUGCGGGGCAGUGCGGCUUGCUAGGCGGGUGUUUGAUUUGUCCGGGGAGAAGGCAAGGAAUGUGAGGGUGUGGACUGCAAUGAUGUCAGGGCAUGCGAAGGCUGGGGAGAUUGACAUGGCCCGGAGGUUAUUUGAUGAGAUGCACAACAGGGAUUUGGUUGCAUGGACGGUUCUGGUUGGAGGAUUUGUGCAGGCAGGUAGAUACAGCGAGGCACUUGGGUUAUUCGAGGAGAUGGAAGCGGCAGGGCUUGAGGCAGAUGAGGUGACAGUUGUCACAAUACUUUCAGCGUGUGCCCAUCAUGGUAGGAUUGAUCUGGCAAAGAGGCUUCAUCGUCUUGUGGAUCAGAAGGGGUUGAUUAGCAGAAAUGCAAGACUUGCCACCAGUUUCGUGCACAUGUAUGCAAAGCAUGGGUGCAUACAGACAGCUAUCGAUGUGUUUCAUGGAGUUGGUGAUGCAUUAAAGACCGUGGAAUUGUUUAAUGCUAUGAUAAAUGGAUUUGCGCACCAUGGUUUUGGCGACGAUGCUAUUUCACUAUUCCAUGAAAUGGGAUCACUUGGGCUCCAUCCUGACGAGAUCACGUUUGUGGGUGUCUUGUGCGCAUGCAGUCACAGUGGCUUGGUCCAGCAAGGGUUUCAGAUGUUCAAUUCAAUGGCGGACAAGUACGGUGUCAAACCGGAUAUCAAGCAUUACGCUUGCAUGGCUGAUCUCCUUGGAAGAGUUGGACGGCUUGACGAUGCUUACAGUUUUAUCCAAAAUAUGCCUUUCAAAGCAAAUUGUGUGGUCUGGUCAUCUCUUCUGAGAGCAUGCAGGAUCCAUAGGAAUGACAAGAUUGGAAAGCUUGCAGAGAAGCACCUUGGUAGGUUCAAUAUUACCUACAAUCCUGAAAAGCUUACCUUGCCCGACUUAUUUUCUGAUGAGAAGAGAAAAGGGCCAGCUGCAAGGGUGAGAAAGGCUAUAAUGCACAAAUCUGAGCACAGGCAUACUCAGCUUGCAGAGAAGCAACUUCUAGAGUAUGAUGUUACCCGCAAGCUUGAAAAGCUUACCUUGUCUGACUUAUUUUCUGAUGAGAAGAGAAAAGAGCCAGCUGCAAGGGUGAGAAAGACUAUAAAGCACAAAUCUGAGCACGAGCAUACUCAGCUUGCAGAGAAGCAACUUCUAGAGUUUGGUACUAACUGCAAGCCUGAAAAACUUACCUUGUCUGACUUAUUUUCUUAACAGAAAAUAAAAGAGCAAUCUGCAAGGGUAAGAAAGGCUAUAUAGCACAAAUCUGAGCACAGGCAUACUCACUAAGAGUGGUGUGGAAUGGUAAUGUUUAUUAUCUUGCAAUUACUGAUACUUCCCACCUGAGGCAACACGGAUUGAUUUGAUGCCUGAAGACAUGUCAUGGUAUUUGAGCUUUUUCAGGAUACUGACAUGAGUAGGAAGAAGACUGCUCAGCACAAAUGAGACGGUUGAUCAAGCAUUUGGAUUGAUAAAUUCAGUUCCUGGAACCCCCAACUGAAAUUGGUUCGAACAUUUGUAUCUGUGGUGAUUGCCCAUUCUUCAUCCAAGUGUUUCUUGAAGAUUUACAACAGGGAUAUUAGUUUGAAUGAUGUGUAGUAUGAAACAGAGGAUCGUGCCCUUGCAAGGAGCCAGGGACUAUUGAUGAUACAUUUGUAAAUCUUGUGAACAAACUCUGCCAGUCAACUUAUCAAAUGGUAGGCUAAGCUCUGUUUUCCUCGUGCAUCUGCUAGCCAAGUUUGUGUUCGGUUCAGCAAAAGGACUGCAACUAGUCAGGUACAUGUGCUGACUGAUGUUACAACUUCUGAAAUGAUGCAUGCACAACUUAAAAGAUCGUGGGGAAUUUUAAGGAGAUAUGUUCUUUCAGAGCUUUUCUAUCCUUACUCCCGUCCCAUUCCCCCAAAACCUGUGGGAACCGUGCGCCUAGCAAACUCAGAGUUUUAUCUUUUUGGGGUCAAAGUGUCAAGUUUGAAGAUUAAAUAAGCCAUGUUAUAAAUUGGUAAAGGUUCAGCAGUGUACUUUCUCUGGAGUACCAAAGAUAGUAGGAACGUCCAUGCUGAAGCUAUGUAUUUAUGCCCAGAGCUUUAAGGCGGUGUUCCCUCAGUUAAGAGGCAUACAUGCUCUCAAAAUUUAAGUUGAGUUUUAGUAGUUAUGAGAUCAGAUGUCGAGAUGUUGGAGAUUGAAAUUUUUGCUUUUCCUUCAUAGAGACCUGUCCCAGUCACCAGAAAUCUAGGUCGAGAAACGGGGUCACGGGACGUGGACCGACACCUGUCAAAAGUGUGGUACGAAAGGGUGUAAUUUUGGAGGACGACAAUUCGCAAUGCGAAUGAAGAAACUUGAUGCACUGCCAACGCGCAUCACAAAUGUGGUGAUUUGCAAGAGCCAGGAAUAUUUUGAGUUGCCGGUAGACACAUCAGCCGGCACCACCCCGACCGAGCCAUCUGAUGAGGACAUAACCCAACAUGAUUCAACUA